AUGGCGCCGGAGAUGGCGAGGGAGAAUGACUUCGAUUGGCCUAUCGACAUAUGGGCCGUUGGAUGCGUGGUGUUGGAGAUGCUGACCGGAAAAGGAGUGUGGAGUUGUACGGAUUCCGAUUCCGAUCUUCUUGCUCUGAUCGGUUACAGUGAGGAAUUGCCGGAGAUUCCAAGUCGAUUAUCUGCGAUGGCAAAAGAUUUCUUGGGAAGAUGUUUGGUGAGAAGCCCUUAUGCAAGAUCACCCGCAUGGUUGUUGCUUCAUCAUCCUUUUAUUUCACUGUGA